CUUCUGUCCCUAAUCCUAUUUUUGCAGAGCUGCAGUCUGACUCUAAAUGGUUUACAAUUCACUACUGUGCUCCAGGGAUCGAGGUUGUGCAGUUCCCGCGGUGAGCUCUUCCAGCUUUGCUUCAAAGUCGGUACAUUCCAGAUAAAAGGGAAAAAGAUUCCCACAGACAACAGUCUCUUUCCCCGGUGCCAUUAACAGGCACAAAGAUUAGCACAGGAGAUGGCAUUCAUGGAUACAAAUAAAACUGUGAAGAAUUUCAACUCAUCAAACCAGACAGGAUUAGAGGAGUCCUGUUCAAGAGACACGGCUGUCAACCAGGUGGUUUUCCCAAUGCUCUACACGUUGUUGUUUUUUGUGGGGAUUUUCCUAAACUUUUUGGCAGCCUGGAUUUUCUUCCAGAUCCCCAGUAAAUCCCGCUUUAUCAUCUACCUGAAGAAUGUUGUAGUAGCGGACACUUUCAUGACUCUCACGUUUCCUUUCAAAAUCCUGAGAGAUUCCAAGUUGGGUCCUGAAUAUCUGAAGAUGUUUGUGUGUCAAGUUACUUCAGUCAUUUUUUACUUCACUAUGUAUAUCAAUAUCAUAUUUUUUGGGUUAAUAAGUAUCGAUCGCUAUCAAAAAACCUUAAAACCUUUUGAUAAUGUGAAAUCAUCAAAUCCAUUAUGGGUAAAGAUUCUGUCAGUAGCAAUUUGGACUGGCAUGUUCUUAAUGUCAUUGCCAAAUAUGUUUCUCAUAGACAGCACACGGACCCUUAAACAUUUCAAAUGUGUCUCACUAAAAACAGAAUUUGGCCUUAAAUGGCAUGAAGGGGUCAACUACAUUUGUCAGAUUAUUUUCUGGAGUAGUUUAACAACAGUUACUUUUUGUUACGUAUUAAUCACUAGAGAGCUCUACAACUCUUAUACCAGAACAAAAAGUAAAAACAAAAGGGGGAAGAAAGCUGUAAAUAUGAAUGUGUUCCUCGUCUUGGCAGUCUUCUUUAUCUGCUUUGUGCCAUUUCAUUUUGCACGCAUUCCCUACACUAUGAGCCAGACGAGAGACAUAUUCCAGUGCUCCCUGGAGAUCACUUUCUUUUACCUGAAAGAGACCACACUCUGGCUCUCCUCCUUAAAUUCUUGUCUUGACCCCCUUAUCUAUUUUUUUCUUUGUAGUUCAUUUCGGAAGUCACUGUUCAAAACGUUCAAGCUUUCACCCUUCACUCGCUUUACAGUACGAAAAAAGGCUCGGAGGCAUCACAAUGCAAAUGGCAAUUUGGAAGUCACACCUGUGUAGGCCACCAAGAACUAAGGGGAUGUUUACCUCCCCAACAGAAACUGUGACUUAUCACGCCAUUGGCCUCUGUUUAGUUACUGAUCCCACAGAACAGAGCAAAAGACCUAUGGGGUUAAGAUGGUGCCUUUGGCUUCAUAUCCUACAGUGGAAUUAUAACCCUCUAAUACUUGAGAGUGGACUCCAUGAAUAGAUCUUCAAGCUUUCUGAUGGAAAUGAUUUACAUCCUACUGCAACAUGAGUCCCAUGGCACAUAGUCAUGUAGACAAUUGUCCCUAUGAACUUUUUAAUGAGCACUUGUGAUAUACUUCUUAUUGCAUUUUUUUAUAUUGAAACUGCAUGCUCAGAAUUGUCACUUACAGUAAAAUUACAUUCACUAAUUAUUUUGUAUUAUUUUGACAAAUUCAGUGAAAGAAAAUGACUGACACUAGUUGACACAGAUAGCUGCUCUGACUCAAGGCCACACAAAGGAUGUGCCCACCACUCCUGUUCUUCUCUUUAUUAUUUUACCCAUCUCUCCCUCACUCGCUUCUUCUAUGUCACACAUCUUGUAAGCCGAGUUCUACCUUUAAUGAAUAAGCCUCCAGAAAGGCCAGGAAAUCUCCUACCUGAAUUUGUAUUCCAAUGAAAUAUGACCAGAAUGUCUUAUCAGCAGAUUUGUCUUCUUGAGAAUUCUGUUCUGUUCUGCUUGGAGUUUAUUUCAAAGAGUAACAAAUGAUGGCAGCAAGAUUCAGAACAUAUUCUAAACAUCUUAAUUUAAACCAGAUUUUUGUUGUUUUUUUUAAUGUUAUGGAACUCUGAUGAAAUCAUAUGGCCAUUUGUGUGUAAAGUGUUUAUAAUGGGGAAAAAAUUAUUUCCAGGUGUAGAAGGCUAAAAAGCAUUAGCCAACACUAGUGAGUCACCUCAUAAGAGCACCAUAACAGGAGAACUAAACCUGUCACUCACUUUGUUUUGAUCCCUUGAAAAUGCUUUGCUAGUGUACUUUCUCUUCUGCUUGAAUCUUGUUUAGAUGCAGAAAGGCAUUAGCUUCACUUUUAAAAUAUUAUUGACCACAUCAUGAAGCUCUAUAGAUUAGGUCUAUAUUUUAUAAUUACAUACAUAGGAUGCUCACUGAAUGGUUAAAUACUUAGGAACAAAAUACAUAUUUAGAUUUUUUUAAAUUCUAAAAGGGUAGAUUCUGAAUCUGAUACUUCUGCUUUUGAAUAAGAGUGAACCUUUGAUUGACCCACAUUAGCAUAGCGAGCAGGAGCAGACAGAGACGUCCGCUGGCCAAAGUUACAUAACUGUCUGUUCAAGGGAGAAGUGGCCCUCCAAACAGAUGUGAAAGUAGCUGGCAUUGUCAGCCUGCAAAAUGGUUGCUGGCAGCUAACUGUAUGAAGGACAAGACUGCACGUCACAUGUUAUUCCAACUGCUUUUGGUUCAUUUGUAGACAGAUGAUGAGUUUAACUCCUGCACAGAACAGAUGAAAUGAGUAGUAAUAUGACUCUUCAGUUAAAGUCAGUAAAGGAGCAGAACUGAUGCCAUGUUCUGCAAAGUGGGUAUGCCAGGAAGAAUGGUGGUCUUGUGUCAUGAAGGUAUGCAUGCUUUCUGAGGAAGAAAUUUAAUAGAAAAUAUAUUAAAGAAAAAAUGUGUCCUCAACUAGGACCACUUUGAGUCAGGAACCAGGCAGGAGGAAACUUGUUCAAUGCGUCUUUAAUUUCUGUUCAUGAAGAGGGAGCAACCUAUCACAGCUGUGUGCUAAGGAAUAGGCCCUGAGUAGAGGAUGUCACAAAAUGAUCACAGAACAAACACAGAGAGUCAUUCUUACAGAUAACUGAAUUUGCAUGUAAGUGCUGAAUUAAUGCCUACUCUGAUUGGUUCCCUCUCUUGCAUAUACUCUGAUUGGUUCACUAGCUUACAUGCCCAAAUAAACAUUCCCAAAUAAAAGUCUCAUUUCUACUACAUUCUUAUCUUCAAAUAUCUCUUAAGUUCUGCUCUUAUUCUUUAAUGGAGUUUUCUGUGUACGUGUGACUGUCAGAUCUUACUUGGUAUAUGACAGUCAGGCAUUUUUGAAACCAUCGCCCAGAACCUUCUUGUUUCUUGUUGCUCACUUGACCUUUAGCUGUUUUUCCUGACAUGUUUGAACAAGUUUCUAACAUUUUUAAUCCUUUAUGCUACUUCUAAGAUAGAUGCUGUAUUUUUAAUAUGAAAAGCAUCCUUAAUGACUAUGUGACCCCGAAGUCUAAUUUUAAUUACACAUUACUUAUCGGUGGAAGGGUGUUUGUGAUAAACCUCCAAUAAAAGGUACAUAAUAACAUAUUUUAGUUAAUGACUUGCUUAAUACUUUGAUGAGAAAGUGAGUGAGUGACGUACAGUCUGUGCUCUGGAGGGAUGGAUGGAUGGGAGAAAAGAUUCAUAUUAAAAGGAACUGGUGAGAGUGUGACUGUUGGAGUGAAUGUGUGAAUUAGAGAUGCACAGAUGUAAGAAAGUACAGAGUGAGAAAGUGAGUGGGAGAGAAAUGCAUGGAUAAGUGAGAAGAAUGAGUGGAUGGAUAAAAGGAAUGCAGACAGAUGAGGAGAAGAAUAGGUUGAGGGAUGGGUGCAUCAUUUUUUACUUCACCAUGUACAUCAAUAUAAUACUUUUCAGGUCAAUAAGUAUCUAGCACUAACAAAAAACCUUAAAACCUUUUGAUAAUGUGAAAUCAUCAAAUCGAUUAUCGGUAAAGAUUCUGCCUGUAGCAAUCCGGACUGGCAUGUUCUUGUUGACUGCUAACCAAAUAUGUUCCUCAAAGACAGCAUAAAUAAGAAAAAUGAAUGGAUGGAUGGAAGGAAUGUAGACAAAUGAGUAGAAUAAUAGGUUGAGGGAUGGAAGCAUAGUAGUAAGGAGUGAGUGAAUGAGUGAGCAAGGGCUGGAUGGAUGAUGAAUGAAUAAGAGGAAGGCUAAAUGAAUGGGUGAACAUAAAUGUAUGAGUGAGUGAGAGAAUGAAUGAGUGAGUGCUGGAAAGAUAUAUUAUUGGCCAGAUGGAUGGACGAAUUUUGUGAAUGAGUGACUGAGUGAUUGAGACAUGGAAGAAUGGAUGAAUGGGAGGAGAGUUCAACACAUGAAUGGGUGAAUGAAUAGAGUGAGUGAGUGAAUGAAAGAGUGAGU